AGUGAGGGUUGGAGGAGACGGGGAGGGGAGAGGAAGAGAGAGAGAGAGAGAGAGACAGAAAGCAAGGCAGAAAGAGAGAACAAUUCACUCGGUGAAUUGCUUGCAAGCUUGGGGCUGAUAAUUAGGGAUCUCAGGAGAGCAGUUUCUCAGAAUAACGUGCUCUCCUUCAAAUGGACCGAAUGGAGACAGUGGUUCAGUCCUGCUGAUAUUUUUUAAGCCCUCCUCGCAGUUUGAUGGGCAUUCCCAGUGCUUUUGUGCACGUCUCGGAAAGCGUUGACGUGGAAGGGAGCAGCGAGGAGGGGGAGGUUGGAGGAAAAAACUGCAGCUCCUCUAAAAACACGGAGGGCAUGCGAGGGAGCGAGCAGGCUGGGGAGGAGGGCGAGGCGGGCGCACCUCGCACCAUGUUCCCCCGGUGCCGGCGCGGCGCAGUUUCGGAGAUGUCUCUCCUGUGACUGGACGCACCAUGAGCAUCUGGGAGCUGAUCCUGGCUUUCGUGGUGGUGGUGCUGAUGCUCGUGGCCCUGCUGGCCAACGUGCUGGUGCUGCUGUGCUUCCUGUACAGCGCCGACAUCCGCAAGCAGGUCCCGGGAUUGUUCAUCCUCAACCUCACCUUCUGCAACCUGUUGAUGGCUGUUUCCAGCAUGCCCCUGACCUUGGCCGGGAUCAUUUACAAGAGUCAACCAGGAGGAGAUCCGAUCUGCCAAGCUGUGGGCUUCCUGGAGACUUUUCUCACCACGAAUUCCAUGUUGAGCAUGGCAGCUUUGAGCAUUGACAGGUGGAUCGCUGUGGUCUUCCCUCUAAGUUAUCACUCCAAAAUGAGGUACAGAGAUGCUGCUCUCAUACUGAGCUACACGUGGUUGCACUCGGUGUCGUUCCCGAUAGUGGCAGCUUCUCUCUCCUGGGUGGGUUUCCAUCAUCUCUAUGCCUCCUGCACCCUGUACAACAAGAGACCAGAAGACAGGACACAGUUUAUGAUUUUCACUGGGGUCUUUCACGCUCUCAGCUUCCUUCUCUCUCUUAUAAUCCUGUGUUUCACAUAUCUAAAAGUGCUGAAGGUGGCACGGUUUCACUGUAAGCGGAUUGACGUGAUCACUAUGCAGACCCUGGUGCUGCUUGUGGACAUCCAUCCCAGCGUGAGAGAGCGUUGUCUGGAAGAGCAAAAGAGGCGGAGGCAGCGAGCAACAAAGAAAAUAAGUACCUUUAUUGGUACCUUCAUACUUUGUUUUGCACCUUAUGUAAUUACAAGACUUGUUGAAUUAUCCUCUGUGGUCCACAUCAGUUCCCACUGGGGAAUCAUUUCCAAGUGCUUGGCUUACAGCAAAGCUGUUUCAGACCCUUUUGUGUACUCUUUGCUCCGGCAUCAGUACAAGAAGACGUGGAAGGACAUCAUAAACAAGAUCCUCAAGAGGAGCUCCAUCAACUCCUCCGCCCUCACGAGCGAGUCGCACAACCCGAAUAUAUCGCAGCUGAACGAGUGAGGAGCCUGGUAUGGGACCUAAAAGACAUAAAACAUGAUAUAUGUGGAACAAAACUCAAUGGCCUAUCCCUAGUAGCUCUCCUCAGCUGUCCAGGUUUUGGGAGGCAGUCAUGGACAGGGUCAGUGCCAGCCCAUGUCCCUCCAGCAGCCCACGCUAACACCUUAGGGAGUCAGGCUGCUUUGGACCUCCUGCCUCUGACUGGAAGAGCACUAUUGAUCCGUGGUCCUGCAGGCUUCAUAAAUACAAAUCUCCCAUUGAUUUCCAUCAGCAGUUGCAUCCAUAGAUAAAAAGCUAGUCCUCAGCAGAAGGGCUCAUGAAAGGAAUGGGAGCAAACUGGUGUCAUCAUGAGAUUAUUCUAAAGAGCUGCACAGGGGUGUUUGUGCUGUGUUUUUCACUGGCUGCAGUUAAAGCUCCCCCUGAUGUAGCUGCCAACAUGGCUUUACAAAACCCACCCCAGCCUAGUUGCUUGAGAAGGAUGUGUAUAGAAAAAAAAACUUAAUGGAAAAAGCUUAAAAAAAAAAUAAAAAUCUUUAUCUAAAUAUUAGUCCAGUGCCCAACACAGCUUUCAGCCUUUUCAUAUGUAUAUAUUUUUUGGAACAAUCUGGUAGAAUUGAAGGAAAAUCCACUUUUGAAGUAUGUUACAGGGUGGAUUCAGCCAUAUCUACUCUAGAUUUUAAAGGAAUUUACACAAAAUCCCAUUAAUUUUCUCCCUGUUGGAUUUCAGAAAAAUUCAUAAGGUAGGCAGAGUGGAAAGGUCAGGAUGCCUCCUGCCUAAUUCCAUAUAUCUGAGCUAUAAGGAACUGAAUUUUGCCCAAAUCUGCAGAACUGGGCCCUGUGCCCAGGAGAAAAAAAAAUAAAAUUCCUUUUUCUGAGGAGUUAUUAAUCAUAGUUUUUUUACUACUUCAAAGAAAGAUGAGCCUAAAUCUGAAUUUAGAGUAUAAUUUUCAAAGCAAGUGGAGGAAAAAUAAUAGGCCUCCACUCCACCAUGAAAGUGGGGUCAAUAAUCUGGACCUCAGGAGGUUUCAGUCCAAAUUUUUACAGCUCUAGAUUGCAGUUAUGCAUAGGGACAUUAUUAACAUUUCCCAUGCCUUCAGAUGCAUGCCUAGAUUUAGAAUAGCCUUGGUUAAUUAGGCUUCAUGCAUGCAAUGGCAGCUUAAAUAACAGCUGACACAGCUGGCUGUGUUACCACCUCCCCUUGCUCAUAUUCCUACUGUCAAUCCCAUACUGAGAAAACACAGCCGGGAUCAUAUUGAGAAAACAAGAGCCCAAGUUGUAAAAAUGAGAGAUUACUUUUUAGUUACCACCUACUGUCAUCCCAGAAAAGGGCUUGAUAAGUUGCAAAAGAUACCCACUGUUGAAUUUUCUGGCCUCUGACUCAAAGCCCAGACAGGGAACUCGGUGAGGGGCUUCACCCCAAAACUGGUGAAUGUGGGGUAACAGCUCUCUUAUCAAUCUGGAGAGCCUUGACUUAGCCCUCGCCCUGGCAUGGGCUACAGCUGCAAGGAACCAUGUUAAUCUGUGAAUUUACAUAGUCAUCUGCUCUGUAAAUGGAAGAAUUUAUAUGAUGAAGAUCAUAAACGGCCACGUAAAUAAAAAUUUUUAGCUUAAUUACUAUUCAGCUAUAAAAAUACCACAAUUACAAUAAAAUCUACACACUAUUAUAAUCACAGGUUUUAAGUUCUUACAACACUGCAUUCGAAUUAGCCCUCAGCCAGAUUAAAUAGUCUACCUCAUCUUAAUUAUUUUCUUUCUUAGGCUUAACAUAAUUUUCUCAGGUGCAAUAGAUAAAGACACCCAGCUAAAUACUUGUUUCUUAAGAAAUUCAAGUCAUUUUGAUGACAAGUGUAUCAGAACACAUGAGUUUAAAAAAGAUAAAAAGCUUUAUAUCAAUUCAUUAUAUGUUUUACUAAGAUCACUUUUACUAAAUUGCCCCAGGAUGGUUGUCAAGGUCCACAACUGUUGUUAACUUAUACAUGGGCCUGUUGCCAAAGUCAGUGGGAGGUUUGUAUGUUGAUAAGGUUAACUCCAGAAGGAUUUAAAAUUUCAAAUUUAAAGAGAGUAAGAUAAUUUCCUAGGAAAAAAACCCCAACUAUUCUACAUUUAGGAUAUCUAUUAAAAGACAGAGAAAAAUACAGCAUUGGACUUGUCUCAUUAUGCUUGUUUAUCACAGUCAGUCACCGGUUGAUUUACGUGUCACCAUGAGCAAUAAAUCUCUCCACUUGUAUGUGUUUAAAAAUUUGUCUUUCUUUCAUGGUGCCUUUCUUCUGUAAUUAAUCUUAUACCAGAGAAUAGAUAUAAUUUCCCCUUCCUUGCAUCAGCUCUCCGACACAUUGUCAUAUUUCCACCACCUGAAGCAAGCGAGAGUUGUAAAUGCUGGUGCUUGACAAACUGCCUCAGUACACAAAAUAAAAGUAAUGCCCUAACAUUUCCUGAUGGCAUUUUAUAAGAUACUAGAAAUAUGAUACUGUGGCUUGUUAAGUGCUAGAUAUUCAGCUGAAUUCUUAUAGGCAACUGGCAGAAUUUUCUAAAAUGUAUGUCUAAGUGAUGAAUGUAGAUAUGAGUAACUGUCUGCUGAGUAUUAUAUGUACUAUACAACACUUUGACUCGAGCCAGUUAGAAUAAUGAUGGUAAAUGUAAUGCACAGUAUUUAUUACCUCUGCUCAUGAGGCAGAGAUGUUCUCUUGUCAAACACACGUGUGUGUGCGGGGGGAGGGGGAGAAGGGGAAUUUCCAUUUGUUAUUUAAAUAUUUUUGGAAAAUGUUUGUAAAGUAUGGCUGCAAUGUGUGCCCAAAAUCUGGAACUGCAUGUGCAAAACUGGGCAGCUGCUUAGGCAAUAUGCAGUUUUCUGUUUGUUGGUAUCUGUGUCCCAUAUGCAAUAUCUAUUCCUCACGUGCAUGUUCAAUUAACAAUUUUUUCAUAUCUUGUAAAUUUGGCAGGCAGAACACUGGCAGAUGAGUAAGAGAACUUAGUCCACUAUGUCAUUUUGUGGAUUCUGAGCUUUUCCUUUUGUUUAUUUUAGAGUAAUUUAUAUAAUUUCAGAGCCCUAACUGUGAACUAGGAUCAUGGUCUGUGUGAUAGUUUUGAGCCAGUGUGAAUGUGAAGAUCUGGGUAACUACAUUUGGCAAAAAACUAUGACAAACUGAUAAUUAUUGAAUAAUUAAUAAGUACCAAACUCUUUCCUGACAUAAAUCAACAUAAUAGCUGGUUUCACCUGAGGAUUUGGUCCCAUUAGGUGAAUAUAAAUCAGCUGCAGGGCAACAGUAAAAUCUUCCUGGAAGAUAUUUUUUAAAAAUAAUUUUUGGAAGACCUUUCAGACUUAGCUUCAAGAAACAGCUGCAUCAGAACACCUUUAAGAGUUUACAAAAGUGAGGAAGAGAUAGAUGUGAGUGGUAGGCUGAGGGCCAGGUAGGUUGGGAGCUACAAACUGGUUCUGCUGCUGCUUAAAUAACAUGUGUUGCCCUGGCUGCAGUGGGCUUUUCCCAGUGCCCUCUUUCCACAGAGUCUCUCAGAUGUUCACUCAUCCCAAAGAGAAAGGCGAAAAUUCUGUCAAAGCUCAGUAGCUGCCAUAGAAUGGGCUGAGCCUGCAAGAGCAGCACAGAUUCCACAGGAAGAUCCUUGUUGGCUUGGGAAGACUCUGCUGGUAUUCAGAUGUGCUCUGUGGAAACUACUCACACUGUUUGAGUGACAAGAGACAGUCUAAUUCCUGAAGCCCUGGGGGUUGAGGUCAACUGCAGAAAGUGAAUUUUUCUGGACCUACCUGCCUAAGGUUUCACAGUUCCCUCACAUCUCUUAAUCCCAAAUGAAGAAGGUUCUGAAGGCUCUGCAUAUCUUGCCCUGUGCAUUUUUACACAUAUAGUGAAUAGCCUUUAGAGCAACCCUUUGGAAAUUGUUGCUUUUCACUGCUGUUAGAGCUGUCUUCUCCCCACGUUCAGUGUUCUUGUCACUAAAGAAAGCUCAAAAGCAGAGACUUGUUACUUUACCCUAAAAUCACAAAAUACUUCAGCACAGAAAGCUCAGUUAAAUCCUGAUCCCAUGCUCACUCUGUGUUUGCUCUGUUGGAUAGUGAGGGCUGAGCACAGGUUUAUGUGUUUGCAGAAUCAGGGAUUAUACCUUUGUAACCUUCCCAAAACUGAACAAAUGAGAACAAUAACAUUGUAGCCUUAAAUCUAGUGUUGUUUUUUUUUUUUAAUUUUCUUUUUAUUCUUUCAGCAUUUAGUAUAUAAAAAAAUCUUUGAUGGGUGAAGCUCCUUAAGGAAAACCACCCUGCUCCAAAAGGCAGCUGUCCUUCUUGGGGGGGCAUAAAAGUUUACAUGGAGAAAAGAGCUGCUGCAGUCUUUGUCAAAUGUCUUCUUCUUACCUGUAAUUCUGAUGUGUAUUGUGUAAAUAUGUAUUUAGGAUUGUUGGUUUCUAAGCAAAUAAUGCUGAUCUAAUGAACUAGAGAGGUUGCUAUAGUUUAUCACAUAUGUCUAUAUUUAUAAGAAGUAUGAUUUGCCCUAGAGACUGUAAGUGCACUUCAGAAAUGUGUGUGCCAAGAAAAAGAUGCAUCAGGUGUGUGACAGCAUGAAUGGGUGGCAAUUGUGUAGUAAAAUACUAUUUUUUUGUUCAAGAAAUACUAUUGCACAUGGUUUCAAUGCACCCAAAGGCACAAGUCCAUAUGGCUGAUUAAUAAUCUACAAAGACAUGUUAGGAAAAGGAUCUCUAUUUGGAGUUGUUACUGAAUCCUAGAAUGGUUUGGGUUGGAAGGGACAUUAAAGACGAUCUCAUUCCACCUCCUGCCACGGGCAGGGACAACUUUCACCAGCCCAGGUUGCUCCAAGCCCCAUCCAACCUGGUCUUGGACACUUCCAGGGAUGGGGCAGUCACAGCUUCUCUGGGCAACCUGUGCCAGGGCCUCACCACCAUCACAGGGAAAAAUUUAUUUCCUAAUAUUCAAUCUAACCCUGCCCUCUGGCAGUGGGAAGCCAUUCCCCCUUGUCCUGUCCCUCCAUGCUGUUCUAAAAAGUCCAUCUUCCUUGUUUCAGUCACUGUAGCUGUACAAUCAGAGCUUUAAAGCAAACCUUUCUUAAAACUCAUACAAAGAGCAAAAAGUCAAAAACCUCCAUCCUCUUGGAUUUUGGAUCCAGCAAGAGUCCCUAAGGAAACAGAAAAGCAGUGCUUUUGAAUGAAAUGCCAGAGCAUCCUGCUCAGAUAUCAGUGGGAAUGCAGCAGGGGCCAGGUGCAAAGCUGGCUGCAGAUUUCCUCUUGCUGCCUGUCUCAGGAGGUUCUGUUCAGUCCUGUUGCACUUGCACUGCUUUGAAUUCUUGAACAAAAAUUUUAGAAAGCCCUCUUGAAUAUCAAAGGGUUUUACAUUCCCUUCUGACUACGAAACCCUUAUGUAAAGACAGGUAAAUUCUCCUCCUUCUUUGCUAAUGGGAUCAAUAAGCAACAGAGUUAAAAAAGAAAUAAAGAAACCUCAUUAAUUGAAUGACUUCUGUUAGAAAAAAAAAUCAGUUAAAUACUCAUUGUCCUUAGGGUCACACAGUAAACAUGUGACAAGGCUGGGGACGAGUUCUCUGUGCUCUGUCAUCCAGCCCAGCCUCAUUCAAGUAAAACAAAGCCACCUGCAUCAGCCAGAAUAAAGAAUGGAUCUUUUUAUAGCAGAAACCACAGGGCUUCCCAGAUAGACAUUUGAAAACUAUUAUCACAGAUUGCCUUGGAAAAUAGAAAUAGAUAACUAAGAGGUGCCUUGAUUUACCUUUAUUUGUACACAGGGCAUUUUUCUAAACCUCAGAAUUUUUUUCGCAGUGUUUUUAUUUUCUUAAGAUUAUUUUAGGAUAAAAAUUCAUAUAUUUGGCAAUCACUAAUCAUUCCCUUCUGAAUUCUUGCAGGAAUGUAAUGUAUUACCAGUCUUUCCAGGUGCAGUUGGACUUAAACAUUUGCCCCUACGUUAGAUUAUUAGAUGAUUACUUGCUCUAAAAACAAGAUGUUAGGAGCUGGUUUUACAACUCCUUGCUGCAAGGAGAGUGGGGUUGCUUGGCCGAGUAAGGACCAUUCAUACCAUGAGAGGUAUAAAAUGUCCAGUCUGUGUAUUUAAAGUAUUUUAUUUUGCAAAUGUUGAAAACAGUUUGUUUCCUAUUUCUAAAAGCACCUAGCCAGUCUGAAGGAAGAUAGUUAGGAAAUAACAUUAAUAAUACCUGCUGUAGAUAGGGCAUGUUUUGAUUAUACUAUUAUAAAUACCAUUAUAAUUUAUUGCAUUUGACUUUUUUUUGUAUAACAGUGGGAUGAAAUUGCAGGGGAUAUUUAUUUAGGGGGAAAUGGUAAUAUAAAUUAAACCUUUCUAAAUUGCAUGGAUAAAGGGAUGCACAGACCUCUUUGUAAUGACAACAUGCUCAAGAGUCUCAUGAGUUACCAUGGAUUUUAGGGUCCCAGAUAAGCUAAACUGUAAUAAUCUCCUAAAAGAUACUUCAGUGAUUCAUUCAUUUAAAGGCAGACACAUAAAAUUCUCUGUGUCUACAGUUUAAAGGAAUGAAAAAAAAAAAUUACUUCCAAGUUCAAGUUUUGAAUAAAGGGGCCUGUGCUGUCUAUUCUGUUUACAACAGCUUGUGCUUUGUGAAUACAUAUCAAAUGUUGUAAUAUAUUUUUAUUACAUAGAGUUAAUGGUUCAUACAAAGUGACAUAUAUAAAUAAAUACAUACUAUAAAUGUAUAUUGUGAUUUUGUUAAUUCUACUGUUAAUGAAAUGUGAUUAUGAUAAAUGAAUUGGUGUGAGCUAUUUUUUCAUAUAAAAUCAAUGUUUUAAAAA